AUGGAUGUUUCGAAAACUGUCUUGAAGGACGCAAAGAAGGAGGAGCAUUCACUGGCAAAACCGACCUACGCAAGCCGCAAAGAGAUGCUUGACGCUGCGGACGAGAUUGCUCGGAUACUGGGACAUGACGCCGUCACCUACGAUGCCCAUGUUCUCGAACACCACGGCCAUUCGGACUGGUCGACGUCCAACUCACCUGGGCGUGCCGUUGCCGUAGUUUACCCACGCACGACUGACCACGUAUCUGCCAUCGCUCAGAUAUGUAAUGCUCGUAAUGUCCCCAUGGUUCCCUUUGGCGCCGGUUCCAGUGUCGAGGGCAACUUCUCCCAGCCCUAUUCCGGCAUCUGCAUCGACUUCACCUACAUGGAUAGAGUCAUCGCCUUCCACCCAGAGGACAUGGAUGUCGUCGUUCAACCUGGCGUUAACUGGGUUGACCUCAAUAAUCAGAUCGCCCAUACAGGGCUCUUCGUACCUUUGGAUCCCUCGCCCACUGCCACAGUCGGUGGAAUGGUUUCAACCAAUUGUUCCGGCACCAACGCCAUGCGCUACGGAACUAUGAAAGACUGGGUGCUCAAUCUGACUGUCAUUCUCCCGGAUGGCCGCGUUAUCAAGACACGUCGGCGUCCUCGUAAGACCUCGGCUGGCUAUAACCUGACUUCUCUGUUUGUCGGCACCGAAGGUACUCUGGGAAUAGUAACCGAGGUCACCCUGAAGCUCGCUCCCAUCCCAAAAGAAACCAGCGUCGCCGUUGUUGCUUUCCCCACCAUCCACUCUGCCGCAGCAGCAGCUUCCAAGCUGAUUCGCUCCGGGAUCCAGCUCGCUGCUUUGGAGCUCAUGGACGACGAGCAGAUGAAAUUGCUCAAUGCUCACGGAAGCGACGCAGUUCGUAAGCGCGUAUGGGACGAGAAACCUACCUUGUUCCUCAAGUUCAGCGGGACUACCAAGGACGCCAUCAAGAGCGAUGUGUCCCGCGUAGGCGACAUCAUCAAACCCUUGACAGACAGCAAAUUCCACUUUGCAAAGACAAAACAGGAUGAGCUGGACCUCUGGUCCGCGCGCAAGGAAGCCCUCUUCACCAUGGUAAACACUCGGCCCAGGGGCACCGAGAUUUGGUCAACAGACGUGGCCGUCCCCAUUUCACGGCUGGCGGAAAUCAUCGAAAUCUCGAAGCGGGAAUGCGGAUCUCUAGGCUUGUUUGCGAGCGUGGUGGGUCAUGUAGGAGAUGGAAACUUUCACGUCUCCAUGAUGUACGACCCAACAAAUUCGCAGCAGAAACAGGCUGUCGCCAAAUGCGUCAAAAACAUGAUGACCCGUGCACUAGAGAUGGAGGGUACUGUAAGCGGGGAGCAUGCGAUUGGUAUUGGGAAGAAGGAGUGCUUGGUGGAUGAACUUGGAGAGGAGACGAUUGGGCUCAUGAGGCAGCUCAAGGCUUCGGUUGAUCCCAAAUGGGUCAUGAACCCGGGAAAGGUGUUUGACUGGAUGGGGUAACAAAGCGGUCAACCCACGGUGGUU